UUGCUGUGUGCAUGUAUACGUGUGCUAUACAUACGUGUGCAAAGCCUUCUGUCUGCAAGGGCUUGCUGCCGGGGCACCUGUCUUCCCUGGGGCCUGGUGCUUUUAGCAUCUGUCCCUGGAUCCUGUUGCAGCCAGAAAUAAGGCUGUAAGCCACGACAAGGCAGGGACGAUUCUCGUCAGCUGAGGCCAGAGCUGGCUGCAAGGCACACCCUGCUUGUUGCCCGCCGACCGCCUGCACCAACACCGACCACUCAACUCUCAGCUUCCCAACAGAGGUGUUAAUCUUGAGGGUCUGACACUCCCUCUUGCCCACUGUGGUUCCAUCUGUCAGGAUGAUCCCCAAGGAGCAGAAUGGACAAGUGAUGACUGCCAUGGGGGACCUCACUGGACCAGUCCCGGUGCUGGACCUGGGCAAGAAGCUGAGCGUGCCCCAGGACCUGAUGAUGGAGGAGCUAUCACUGCGUAACAACUGAGGAUCCCUCCUCUUCCAGAAGAGACAGCGCCGUGUGCAGAAAUUCACCUUUGAGUUCACAGACAGCCAGCGGGCGACAGUGGCUGGAAGCACCAAGGGGAAAGUGACCGGAACAGCGGAGCCUGGGAUGGUUGCCAACAGCCCUGAGGGGCAGAACUACCGCUCUGAGCUCCACAUCUUCCCGUCCUCACCAGGGGGCACUGAGGAUGCCCAGUCUGCAGCCUCUCGGGUGGAGAGCGCCCACAGCCCCAGUGCCCUGGCGCCAGGCUAUGCUGAGCCACUGAAGGGCGUCCCACCUGAGAAGUUCAACCACACAGCUAUCCCCAAGGGCUACCGCUGCCCGUGGCAGGAGUUCAUCAGCUACCGGGACUACCAGCGCGAGGGCUGCAGUCACACCCCCAACCUGAUGGAGUAUCGAAAUUUCAACAAGACCCCCGUGCCCUUUGGAGGACUCCUGGUGGGGGAAGCCACUCCGAGGGCAGGUACCCCCUUCGUCCCAGAGCUCACCAGUGGCUUGGAACUCCUCCGCCUCAGACCCAGCUUCAACAGAGUGGCCCAGGGCUGGGUCCGCAGCCUCCCAGAGUCCGAGGAGCUGUAGCCCCAGCUUGAAUCUUCAAUCCCCCAUCCCAGAGUUUGAGUAACAUCUGGAGCCAAGACUUGUGGACAGCACUUCACAGUUUACAAAGGGCCAUCACACACAAAACCUUCUUGCACAUCGCCUCGACGGUCCCAAAGUUCAGUAGUCCCCAAAUGUGGUAUGCUUCACAAUUACCAGGGAGUGUUGUUUCUAAUACAGAUUUCUGGCCUGUCCCAGACUUGCAGCAUCAGAAUCUCCUGGGCUGGGAAGUCUCUACUUAGUAACUAGUACUCCCAGGUGAUUUGAGUAAAACUUGCCCCCGGUUCGUAUCUUUAGGAAUCCAAACCACCAAUGACUUCACGUCCAUGCGUCCACUGUCCCCUGCUCCUAUACUCCAGCUCACACUCCCCCAGUAACAGGAGGCUCAUUAACUGCCCACUGACCUGUGAAUCACUCUGAGAAUUAGAAAGUUUUUCCUUUUACUGAGACACAAGUGGUCUUUAUCUAGUCAUGCCGUUAACAUUUACUAAGCACUUACUGUGUGCUAGACACUGUGCCAGCCCAGGGAGAGUGUGUGGGGGCCUGGGGAGGAAAAGACAGAUUUGUAAAGGAGUAAAUCAUCUAAGAUUUCCCUAAAGUGUGCUAACUGAUGACUGAGGAACAGAGCUCCGUGAAGCAGAGGAGGGAGUGUCUAACCCUGGUGGCGGGGGCGGCGGGGGGGACAGCAGGUUCUGAGAAGCUUCCCAGAGCAUCUGAGUGGACCUCAGAAGAAGAGAGACAGUCCCUCAAGGCAAGAGGGUGCGAGGGGGAGGGCAUUCCUGGCAAGUGGACCGCUUGUGCAAAGGUGUGGAACUGACAUGGGUACAGGUGUUCUAGAGAAGUGGGGGCGAUGUCAGAGGAGUCGGGGACUCCUUAGAGGGCCAGAGUCGGGUGCGCUGCACUAGGGAAAUGGGGAGGUUCCUAGGCUGGGGAGUGAGGGGUCUCGCUGGUUGCUGUGUGGGGCACGGAUUGGAGAGGCGUAAGGAGGGAAGCCAGGAAUCCUUCAGGGAACAAGGCCUGAACUGGAGAGGCGGCUGUGGGGUUGGAAAGAAGGGGUCCCCGACACCUUACAGGACAAGUGCAGAGUGGGGUGCUGACAAGGAUAAAUCCUCUCCACCCGCUUCCACUCACCAUUUAGAGCAGGCCCCAGGGCAGAUCUCAUCCUAGUCGUCACCAGGAGUAGCUCCGCGUCUGCCUGGCUCACUGGGGAGAGAAAGAAAUACGCUUCAGGUGGUGAUGAUGAUGCUGGUGGCUGCUUUCUUUCUAUUGGGCGCCUCAGUGCGUGGGCUGGCGGUAGGUCCUCUACAUAUCCUAUUUCUAAUUCGCAGUACAACCUGGAGACAAAGUUACCUCCCCGUUUUACAGACGUGGAUACCCAGGCUCAAGAGGGGCAAGUGACUUGUCCUGGGACAGAGCCAAACUGGGAAUCUAUCUGACUCCAGUGGAUGUUUCUCAUCACCCUGCUGGGCGGCCAAGCCAGUGCCCAUUCACUCUGGAAUCACCUAACCAUGGUGCCUUGCUCUAGAGUUUAGAGGUGAAGAGUGCAGGCUGAGGGGUCAGACUGGAUGGGGAGGGUUCUGACGGCUGCUGCUGGCUGUGUGAACUCAAGCAAGUCAUUUCUCACCUGUGGGCCUCUGUUUCUCCACCUGUAACAUGAGCACAAGAAUAGAAGCCCCUGCACAGUUUUGUGAACAUAGUGAGGGAUGCAUAAUAAGCAAUCAUUAUCAGAUUUCACGUAACUGCUGCCCUGGGCUGGGUAAGAGGUUCUUGCAGUGAAUGCAGCUUGAGAAGAGGCUCAUGCAAAUGUCACUGCGGGUGAGCAAAGCUGAAACCUGAAGGAAAGCCUCUGAUCACGGUAGGGCUCCACUUGGACAUGACUUACCUCCUUCACCCGCUGCCUCCCUCUGCCUCCUCGGGGGGUGGGGGGAGAAGAGAAGGUCAGGAAUCCAGCUGGUUGCCAGGGUGCAUGGGAUAGUGGCUGCAUUUUCCUUUUGCUCUGGAGUUUCGCUGUGCCCCACACAGACUCAAGGGGCCAGCAGCCUGACUCUUAUAUUUGCUUGCGACUGAUGUGCUGUCUUAAUUUGAGGGCUGCCACUUAAAGGUAUGUUUCCAUAUGCCGAAAGUCAAACAUUCAAGUGUCUGGAACCCAGAAGAGAGGAUCUGGAUUGCCUUGGGUUGGCUCUGCUGUGCUCUGGAGGGUAAUGGCAGCCACCACGUACAGCAGAGGAGAGCCUCAUGGGGAGUCUGCUGCACCCCAAAGCUAAUUCUCAUUCCUUUCUUCUUCGGAUGUGACUUUCGCCAAUGUUGUUUUUUUUAAAAAAAUGCUUAUUGUAAAAAUAAAUAAACAAAGAUGUAAAAUGUGAAGGUAUCUGCCCACAAAGCUCCUCCCCUGCACGUACAUAGACCUUCCACCCUCCGGCAUUCUGCCCCAUUCCCACAUGCCAGAGGCAACCGCUGAGAAUGCUUUGGUCCCUCUAGAAUUCUAGACUUACUUGAAUAAAUAUAUACAUGUGUAUAGAUGCGUAAGUACAAAGAUAUGUCUUUCUUUUAAUGCUACGAUAUUUGUUUUUCUGUAUUUUGCUUCUUUAUUCAACAAGUAAAAUUUGGAUCCUGAAAAAGGAGGUCAUUAACUUUUCAUUUGGGAGUCUAGCAAGCCCUUCAUGUAAACGCUAUACUUCUGCUGUUUUUGUUCUUUAUAUAAAUGAAAUCAUACAGUGAUAUGGAAAUGAAACGGGCUGAGAAUAGCCCAGACACUGGGAAACCUGACAUGAGACAUGAAAGGACAGUUACAUGCAACAAUACAGAUGCAUCUCAGAAACAAAAUGGUGAUCAAAGGAGGCAGAUAUACAAAUAUGCGUUUAUUGAUGCAAUGAGGUGUUUAAUACAGAAGUCAGGAUAGCGGUAACUUGGAGGAAAGAAAGGUUUGUGAUUGUGAAGGGACAGAAUAAAAUGCUUCUGAGGAAAGCUGGA